UUCAAACAUAGUUCGUUGCUUCCCUUUCCUUAUUCUUCGUUUCCAGCAUACCUUAACACAGUUCUUCGUUUCCAACAUUUGUCGCUUCCACUUUCCAACAAUCACCGUCACCGGUCGCCUACGAAGUAGCUUGCGAAGUCGCUUGCGAAGUGGACUGCGAAGUUGCCAUCACCGUGCGGAGUCGCCUACGAAGUCGCCGUCACCAUGUGAAGUCACCUCGUCACCCUCGCGUGUUGUUUAUGUGCUCUUCGUUUGCUAGCAUCAUGUUGCUAACCGAAAUUCAAGUCUUAAGGAGUGAAAUCAAUCAAGGAAGAAGCAUUGAAUAACUUGAAAGCCUUGGGGUCAGCUUCUGUAGGGGCUAAGCGUCCAAUUUCACCUGUUCAGACAUUGGUUGGGGGAUAUCUGCAGGAGUUGUGAUGCCACUAUCCUAGUGGUAGGUGUAAACUGAUUGGACUACGUGUUUGGCUGUUUCUGAGCUCUAACCAAAAGCAGUGGUGUUAAUUUAUACACACAACAAUGGAUCGGAGUUGGAUAAAUUUUUUACGCACAACAAAUGAAUAUGAGAACGGAGUGGAAGAAUUUCUUGAAUUUGCAAAUAUGAAUGUUCUGGAUAAUAAUGGAAAAUUCUACUGCCCGUGUGUUAAUUGUUUGAAUGAGAGAAAACUACCAACUGACAUUAUUCGGGAGCAUGUUCUUUGUGAUGGUUUCUUAAAGAGCUACACAAAGUGGAUAUGGCAUGGUGAAUUAAUAGACAUGCCAAGUGUAGAUGUGUCUGAAGCAGAAGAAGUUGAUUUAGAGAUGGAUGAUCGAAUGGAGGAAAUGAUUCAUGAUAUUGGACAUGAUUCCUUUCAACGUGCGAAUGUGUAUGACAAUUUGUGUAAUGACGCAGAAAAACCUCUGUACGCAGAAUGCACUAAGUAUACUCGAUUGUCAGCGGUAUUAAAAUUGUUCAAUGUGAAGGCAAGAAAUGGGUGGACUGAUAAAAGCUUCACAGAAUUACUUGAGUUGUUGAGUGACAUGCUUCCUAAAGGUAACACGUUGCCAACACGCAAUUAUGAUGCGAAGAAGAUAUUGUGUCCGAUGGGUAUGGAGUAUCAAAAAAUUCAUGCAUGCCCAAACGAUUGUGUCUUGUACAGGAAGGAGUUAGCCAUGUUACAUCAAUGUCCACGAUGUGGGGUGUCAAGAUACAAACAGAAACAUAGUGAGUUUGAAUCUGAUAGUAAGGGUCCUCCAGCAAAAGUUUUGUGGUAUCUUCCUGUAGUUCCACGGUUGAAACGUUUAUUCAGCAAUGCAAAUGAUGCAAAACUCAUGAGAUGGCAUGCAGAUGGACGUACAACAGAUGGCCAUUUGAGACAUCCGGCAGAUGGUUUGCAAUGGAAGAAAAUUGAUUCCAUGUUCCCAAAUUUCUCCAAUGAUUCAAGGAACAUUAGAUUUGGACUUGCUACAGAUGGAAUGAAUCCAUAUGGUAACUUGAGCAGUAAACAUAGUUCAUGGCCUGUUCUAUUAGUGAUUUAUAAUUUACCUCCUUGGUUGUGCAUGAAACGCAAAUAUGUUAUGUUAUCCUUGAUGAUCUCGGGUCCAAGACAACCAGGAAACGACAUUGAUAUUUAUUUAACCCCAUUAGUUGAAGAUUUGAAGAUGUUAUGGGAGGAGGGUGUUGAUAUGUUUGAUGGGUACACUAGUGAUUCAUUCAAGUUGCAUGCCAUGUUAUUUUGUACAAUCAACGACUUUCCAGCAUAUGGUAAUUUAAGUGGAUAUAGCAUUAAGGGUCACAAAGCAUGCCCUAUAUGUGAAGAAGGCACAUGUCACCAUCAACUACAACAUGGAAGGAAAACAGUAUACCUUGGACAUCAGAGAUUUCUUAGUACAAACCAUCCAUAUCGUAAAUUGAAGAAAGCAUUUAAUGGGUGUCAAGAAAAUGAAUUAGCUCCAAUGGUUUUAAGUGGGUCACAAGUGUAUGAGCGUGUGAAAGACAUUGGGGAAGAAAAGGUCAAUUUUCUUUGAUCUCCUAUAUUGGAGGGUGCUUGAUGUGAGACAUUGUAUAGAUGUUAUGCAUGUAGAGAAAAAUGUGUGUGAUAGUAUUAUCGGAACACUCCUCAAUAUUCAAGGCAAGACGAAAGAUGGUCUAAAUGCUCGUUUGGACUUAGUUGAAAUGGGUAUAAGAGAACAAUUAGCUCCACAAUCAUAUGGUAAGCGAACAUACUUGCCUCCAGCAUGUCACACAUUGUCUAAACAAGAGAAGAGAAGUUUUUGUGAGAUUUUACAAGGUGUGAAAGUUCCACUAGGUUACUCUUCCAAUUUUAAAAGACUUGUAUCCAUGAAAGAUCUAAAAUUACUUGGGUUAAAAUCUCAUGAUUGUCAUGUAUUGAUGCAACAACUUCUACCAGUGGCUAUUCGAGGCAUAUUGCCUAAGAAUGUUAGAUAUACCUUAACAAGAUUGUGCUUCUUUUUUAAUGCAAUAUGUAGUAAGGUUAUCGAUAUUGAGAAGUUGGAUCAGUUAGAAAAUGAGGCUGUACUCAUAUUGUGUUAGUUGGAGAUGUACUUUCCUCCAUCAUUCUUUGAUAUUAUGGUCCAUCUGAUUAUUCAUUUAGUCCGAGAAGUUAGAAUUUGUGGUCCAGUAUUCUUACGAUGGAUGUACCCUAUUGAACGAUACAUGAAGAUAUUGAAAGGGUAUGUAAAGAACCAAUAUCGUCCAGAAGCAUCAAUUGUUGAAAGAUAUAUUGCAGAGGAAGCUAUUGAGUUCUGUACAAACUACUUAUCACAAGUUGAAGCUAUAGGGGUACCGAAGUCUCGUUACCAUGAAAGAGGUGCUGGUAAGGGUACUCGAAGUGCAAAAGUUAGAACUCUGAGUAGAGAUGAAGUUCUCCAAGCACAUUUAUAUCUAUUGAAUAACACUAAAGAAGUCAUCCCUUAUUUAAGUGCUCAUAAAGAUAUUGUGAAGAGAAAUAAUCCACGAAUGUCUCAAAAGUGGGUCAUUAAUGAGCACAACAAAACUUUUUUGAAGUGGUUCAAACAAUAGGUUCAAAAUGACAACACAACUUCUGAUACAUUAAAUUGGCUAGCAAGUGAGCCAAACUAUGAUGUCUUAUGCUGGAGUGGGUAUGAUAUAAACAAUUAUACAUUUCAUACAAAAGACGAAGAUGAAAAAAGCACCACACAGAAUAGUGGAGUAAUGGUUGUAGCUGAAUCAAUGCAUUUCUCAAGUUCAAAGGAUAAAUAUCCGAUUAUGGCCUCAAUGUGCUACUUUGGUGUAAUUGAAGAUAUUUGGGUAAUAGAUUACACAAGUUUCAGAGUACCUAUUUUUAAAUGUAAGUGGGUUGAUGGUAAUACUGGCGUGAAGACUGAUGAUCUAGGUUUUACCUUGGUUGACCUAGAAAAGGAAGGUUAUACUAAAGAGCCAUUCAUCAUGGCAUCUCAAGCAAAACAAGUGUUUUAUGUCACUGAUCCCGCUAACAAAAGAUGGUCAGUGGUUCUCCAAGGCAGAACCCUACAUUAUACUGAUUACAAUGAUGAAUUGAUACUUGAUAUUAGCAAAACUCCAUCCUUCUCAUCAAAUAUGCCGACCUUGAAUGUCGACAAUGAUGUAGAUGAUGUUCAUGCCGUACGUGAUGGCCACAAUGAAGGGUUAUGGGAGAACAUUCUAACUUGACCCAUUUAUUUAUGUGCACAUAAACUUGUGUGUGACUUUUCUUCACGCUCUUCAUCUUUCUCAGUUCAAGUUAAUUGGUGGGUAGGUUCAAAGUUUUGAUCUGAAGCCAUUACAAACAAGAUAACCUAAUAUCCAUUGCUUUCAGAAUCCAUCCAAAUAAAGACUUCUCAUCUCUUAAGCACAUUAGAUCCCAGUUGAUAGGAAAUGCCCGGUGACACACCAUUUGGUGACCUUCCACCUUCACAAGGUGGGGACAAGAUUCAUACAUGUACCAAAAAAAAUGGUAGGCGUGGAACUAGGUUGAGGGAGUUAACAGUCAGUCGUAGUGCGGAUCAAAGAUUGCCUAUCCAAUUUGAUAUGCAAACUGGUAAAGCUUUGGGAGAUAAUAGCACAAAAUUCACCAGCUAUGUGGCCUUGCUUGGUAGGAGCAAGUCAUCCAUUCUUAUAGAUGAUUGGGACCAUGUUCCAGAGACAGUAAAGAAUCAGAUUUGGCUAAGUGUCCAAGUCACAUAUGAUGUCCCAAAUAGUAAUCUGUUGAGGACGAAAUGGAUUUCAUUUGCUGGGGAACGAUGGAAGGGUUUUAAGACGGACCUUACAAGUCGUUAUAUCUAUGGUCCCUUAAGUGAUAAAAACCCUUGUGAGAAGUAUCCGUUCCUUGAUGAAGACACAUGGCAGGCUUUUAAGGAAAGGCGAUUAAAUCCUGUCUUUCAGGCUAAGAGGAAAGCUGCACAAGAGAUAGCAAGAAAGAAUGUCCACCCCCAUAGAUUGUCUCGUGGGGGUUAUGAUAAAUUGGAGCAGAAGAUGAUGAAAGAGGCAUCUGCCUCUAAUUCCAGUGGGACUACUGUUACUCAUCCUCCUCGCCAUGAUAAAUGGAAAAGAGCUCGUCAAAAACCAACAGGGGAUUACAUAUCUGCAGAAACAGAAAGCGUAGCUAGGCGUAUUGAUGAACUGGUCGAGCAAAGCACACAAGGAUCAUUCAUUCCACAGGGGCGUGAGGACAUAUUGGCAGUUGCCAUUGGUCGUCCAGAGCAUCCUGGACGUGUUCGUGGUGUUGGAAAAUUUGUAGGCAUCCGUCAAUUCUUUGGUCCUCCAUCAGCUAAUCAUAAUAAAGUAAAUAUCAAUGAGGAAGUUAUCAUGUCCAUCAAAGAAGAAAUGAGAGAACAAAUGAGGGAAGAAAUUAGGGAGGAGAUUAAGAAGGAGAUGAAGAAAGAGUACUUUGAUAUGAAGGCACAAUUGUUAUCAGACAUGAGAGCAGAGUUAGCCUCUCCCUCAGCCCAACCUUGUAAUCCUCAUCAACAACCUUCUAUUAUUUGUGUAAGCACAAAGGGGAGUUGUGAUGUUCCUCUUGAAGAGGCUUCUCUCAUUGGUGAUGCAGAUUACGAGUUGUUCAUUGAUGAUCUCCUGCAGUCCUUGGUGGCUUUAGGUAAAAUGUAUGCAUUGGGGUCAACCAUACACCAUGCAACCAUUGCAGAUGAUAUGAUGAGAGUAGUGGUUGUAGAUGUUCGAGAUGCUACUGCUCCAGUCCCAGUGCCCACUCAAGAGGUUAAGACAGUGGGGCAGGCCCCUGGAAAUUUUAUCCUUUGGCCAGUUAGAUUAGCAAAAGUAAUUGCAAAGGAGCAGAUUAGAGUACAAGAAAAGGAAGAUGUGAAUGAAUCAUUACCACAACAGACAAUUCUAGAACGACUUGGUGCAAUGGCAGCGACUAUCGCCUUGCAACCUAUACAAUUAGAAAUGUCUCCCCAAGCCACAAAUAGGACCUUCAACACCCCUUUUUUUAUAUGUCAAAAGGAUAUUUUUGAAGUUCUCUCUGGCACUGAUAUGUUAUGUAUAUCAGUAAUACAACUUUGGUUGUUGUAUUUACAUCGUAGAUGCACUGAGAAGAAGAAUGAUCACAUAUAUGGAUUUAUUGAUCCUAUUGCCAUUCAAGGUGUUGGGAAUAAAAGUGAAGAGGUUCAAAAGUACCUAUUAGAGGCAUUUGAUGUUGGGAAAAAAGAAGUGUACUUAGCGCCUUAUUUGCAGCAGGGUCAUUGGCAGUUGUUGGUAAUUCUUCCUCAGAAGUUUGUUGUGGUUCUUUUGUGUUCAUUACACAAGAAGCCUAACACUCUGAAAAUUAAAAGUACUUUACAAGCGUAAGUUUUUUUUAUUAACUUAUUUUUUGUGUUAUAUAACUUAAUUUUACUAAGUUCCAUAU